UCAAAAGGCUGUUGCAUUCAAUACAACAAAGACCAUCUUUUUUAUGUGAAGGAAUAGUUUUCAAAGUUUUCAAAAAGUCAGUAUGUCGAAAAUGUCGCAGAUUUUCGAUCUCAAAAACAAAUUAGGGGAGGGAGGUUUUGGUAUCGUUUGCAAAGGAGACUGGGGUGGAAAAACGGUGGCCAUCAAGCGAAUUCAACUACAUCAGUGCUGCACCCAAGAAGAAGAAGCCAUGGAAAAACUCAAUCAUCCGAAUGUCGUUUACUUUUUUCACGCUGAGAGUGACGAUAAUUUCAGAUAUUACUGUCUUGAAUUGUGUGAUGGCUCGUUGGACCAAAUGUUAUCUAAAGACAAGGACACAGAAAAAUUCUUGGAGGCCCACCCAUUGCCCAUACAAUUGCGUAACAUUCUCCAAUUAGCUACUGGCCUGGAAUACAUUCACAAACAGGGACUGAUCCACCGUGAUCUCAAGCCGGAAAACGUUCUAAUCUGUACGUCUAAUUUGUAUCUAACUCGGAUGAAAUGGGCUGAUUUCGGACUGAGUAAACAAGUGAAUGAAAGAGGGACUUAUUCUAUGAGUGAAAUCAAGGGGACAGAGAAAUGGUUAGCCCCAGAGAUAUUGAAACUGCUCGACGACAAGCGAGAUGAAAUAACGCAACGGGGAACAAUCCAAAGCGAUGUGUUUGCAGAAGGCCUUGUUUUUGGAUAUUAUCUUUCCAAUGGUCUUCAUCCGUUCGGUUCUCGUCACAAAAUUCAAUCUAACAUACUUAAAAACAAACUAAUUAAUCUGGAUAAAUGUCAACCAUGUGCGUAUGACAUAAUCAAGAGAAUGUUAAAAGAAAAGCCGGAAGAUCGAAUAAAUUCGUCAGAUGUCGUUGAACUACUCUCUGAAAAGAUUGCUAAGCCAACGCAGUUUUUGGAAUUAUGUUCGAGUGAUACCUAUCCUAGUUUACAGGAUGUUGAAUCCUUACUGGAAAAGGGUGUCGAUGUCAACUUUUUCAAGUGUCAACAAAGAUGGACUCCACUUCUAUUGUUAGCAGGAAAAAAAAAGGAUGGCGAUAACAAUUUGGUUGAAAUAGUGCGGCACUUCCUUAAGAAUGGCGUCAUCCUUAGCCACACUUUGGCUGACAUGAGAUCAAAUGUCUUGCAUUUAUUUUGUCAAGGGUAUCAAAAGGGCAAUCUAAUAGAUAUUAUUCAACUUUUAGUUCAACAUGGGAUCGACGUCAAUUGCAAAACCAACGACGGAUGGAGUGCUCUUCUCCUUUUAUGUUGUAACUAUCAAAAUAAAAAUUUAAUUGAAAUCAUUCAACUUUUAAUUCAACAUGGAAUCGACGUAAAUUGCAAAACCAACGACGGAUGGAGUGCUCUUCUCCUUAUAUGUGGAAAUUAUCGAAAUGAAAAUUUAAUUGAAAUCAUUCAACUUUUAAUUCAACAUGGGAUCGACGUCAAUUGCAAAACCAACGACGGAAGGAAUGCUCUUCUUUAAUUAUGUCGUCACUAUCAUAUUGAAAAUUUAAUUGAAAUCAUUCAACUUUUGAUUCAACACGGAAUCGACGUUGGUUGCAAAGACAAAGACGGAUCGAAUGCUCUUAUUAUCAUAUGUAAAAAUUAUCAACACGAAAAUUUAAUUGAAAUCAUUCAACUUUUAAUUCAACACGGAAUCGACGUUAAUUGCAAGAAUAAGUUGGCUGGAGACAAUGCUCUAAUGUCACUUUGUAAUUAUCAACACGAAAAUUUAAUUGAAAUCAUUCAACUUUUGAUUCAACAUGGAAUCGACGUCAAUUGCAUGAAUUCCGGAUACUUCAGAGGAGAAAAUGCUCUUUUUUUCUUUACCGAAUACAAACAAGAGAUUUUAAUACCAAUAUAUCAACUUUUGAUUCAACAUGGAAUCGACGUAAAUUGCAAGAAUGAGCUUGGAUACAACGUUCUAAGCUCCGUUUGCGGUUACAAACAAGAGAAUUUAAAAGAAAUAAUUAAACUUUUGAUUCACCAUGGAAUUGACGUUAAUUGCAGAUACGAGAAUGGACUUAAUGCUCUCAAUAUGUUAUGCAGGUUUUACGAAAAGGGAGAUUUAAUUGAAAUUAUUCGAUAUUUGAUCGAAAAUCGAAUUGAAGUUUACUGCGAGAACGAAUCUGCAAUCAUGUCAUUGUGCCAGAAUUCUAAAAUAGGAAAUUUAAUUGAUGUAAUCGAGUUUUUGAUUCAACAGGGAAUCGAUGUUAAUUGCAAGGACAGACACGGACGGAACGCUCUUUUUUCCUUGUGUAAUAGAUUAGAAGAAAAGGAAAAUUUGGUUGAAAUCAUUCAUUUGUUGAUCAAGCAUGGAAUCGAUGUCAAUUGCCAAGACAACAAUGGAUAUUAUGUCCUCCCAUAUUUUUUUUCUUUUAUACCCAAAAAUUUUAAUGAGAUAAUUCGACUUUUCAUCGAACACGGAUAUGACCCCAAGGCCCACAGCAUCCCUAAUUUUUUCAAAUCCUUUGAAUUACUUCCUCAAGCACGUCUUCAAGAUCAAAAUCUAAUUGACAUUGUACAACUUUUGGUUGAACAGGGUUGUGAAGUCCAUAAUUUAAAAGGCUCGAAAGGAUGUAAUGCCAUUCAGACGAUUUUUCGUUUUUAUCAAAAAGGAAACAUAAUUGGAAUAAUUCGACUUUUAAUUCAACGCGGGAUCGAUGUCAAUUGGAAGAACAAUUUGGGACACAAUGCCCUUUACCAUUUGUUUCGAUAUUAUAAAGAAGAAAAUAUCAUUGAAAUAACCCAACUAUUAAUUCAAUAUGGAAUAGAAGUGAAUUGCGAAGACGGUUACAAGAAUAAUGCUUUACAUUAUUUAUGCACAUUUUAUCAAGAAGACAAUUUAAUUGACUUAAUACGACUUUUGAUUCGACACGG